AAAGCUGCGCAGCGAACGAUGGCGGUGUCUCAACCGAGGAUGGAGAAAGACGGCGAGGAUUGCUCUCUUUUGCCUUUAGUUCACGAAGUUAUCAAAUGCAUGGACAAGGAUAAGGACGGCCAGGAUGUUCAUCAAGAGCUGAUAAAGCUGAAAACAAAGAUUCAGAAAGCUAAGGAGCAAAUCUCCAACAUGCCUGGGAUAGACAGCAGUCCACAGGAGCAGCAGCAGCAGCUGGCCACUCUGAGAGAGCAGGUGCGCACCAAGAACCAACUGCUUCAGAAAUACAAAAGCCUAUGCAUGUUUGAUGUCCCCAAAGCAUCAUAACACUAGUUAGGUUGGACUGGACUUCACAAACUGGAGGGGAAAAAUAAAUUGAAACUCAAGCUGGUCAAGGACAUGGCAUACAUGGCAUUUGUUUCCUGCAUUGCACGACAAUUUUGAGGAUCAUUAGUUAUUUUAUUAUUUUUGGUUGUGUUUGAGUCUAUAGAUUUUGUUUGAAUUUUCUAAUCUUUGUUUUUUGUAUUAAAACAAUUUUGAAAACCUUA